UUCUGCAAAAAGAAAAAAAAAAACAUUAAAACUAAAACCUAGGCAUCCGAUAUCAUCGCCGCCGCCUAGUAGCAGCCGACGUCUUUUCCGCCACUUAUCAGCAGCCGACAUCGUCGUCCCACGCAAUAGCUUCCAGCUACAUCCUUCGUCGUAGACCUCCUCUGACGUCACUACCUUGUUUCUCUGUUUCUAUUUCCGGUAAAAGAAUAAACAAAGUUCCAAUCAGCCUCAGCAUUUACAGCUUUGCCAAUCAAUAUUUCAACAAUCAGGGAGUGUAUAGCCUUAUCAUUUGAUCAAUCUUUGCACAACAAACAGGACAACCCCAAAUCUUGGCCUUGGUUUUGUUCAGACUAGAUAUGCAACCAACCAUAUGGCCAAAUGAUUUUGGGUUUGAUUUCCUAUUUCAUUAUUUAAUUGUUCAAGUACUUGCUACUAGUGGAACUUGGCAAUAAUAAGCUACUGGUAUGGUCAUGGCUGUAGAAGAUGAAAUUGUGGGUGCUCUAACGAAAUCAGAAAAAUCUAGGAAGUCUAAGAAAAGGAAAGAGAGGAACAAUGAUAUUUUAUCUGCUAAUCCUGUUUAUAUUGUGAAGGAUGUGGGAGUUGAGGGAGAUAAAAGCAUUUUGGGAGAAACUUUGACAAAAAUGAAGAGUGAUAGUGAAGGUGUUGAAAGAAUGAAGAAAAAAAAGAAAGCUGCUGGAGAUAAUAAAAUGGGAGCACUUAUGGAGGAUACUAAUGGGAUUACUGUUGAGAAAGCAGAAAAGAAAAAAAGGGAAAGAGAGCUUCAAAGCAAUUACAAUGAGUCACAAGCUGUGUCCCAAGAUACUGGAAAUGAUGUUUCUUUAGACAAUAGAGGUUAUGUAAAUUCAACUGCAACUGAGAUGCUUGAAAGCAAAAGGAGACAUGAAAAGAAGGCACGGACAAUCACUGAUGGUUGCACUGAGGGUAAAAUGGAGAAAGUUAAAAGGAAGAAGAAAAUGAACAAGAAGGAAAAGGGGGAGGAUGACCAAGGAUCAGUAGGUGUGGUUACAGAUCUUACAUGUGCUGAAGGCAUUGCAGACUUUAGUGUAAAUGAAACACAGGCUAGUGGAGUGGCAAAUGCUAAUAUUAGCCGGAAACAGGUCAAAGAUGGUUCUAAAGAUCCAAAACGGAAAAAUAGCAAGAAGAAAGUGAGAUUUUCCAAUGAGUUGAAGGUAUUUCCCAAGUCUAAUGUUCCUGAGAGUGGGAAAGGUCAAAAUGAAGUAAUGGAGUUGAUUCGAGGUAAGCGGUUCUCUAAAAUAGAAGAUGAGAUAAUUAAACAAGCCGUUUUCAAGUACAUAGAGACAUAUAAUUUAGGCGAGGAAGGCUUGGAUAUGGUUUUAAAUUGUAAAUAUCACCCUAAAGUAAAAAACUGCUGGAAGGUAAUAGGAGCUGACAUACCAAAUAGGCCUCUCAAGGCAGUCUACCAUCGUGCUCAAACAUUAUUUCGACGAUCUGAAAACCGAAAGUGGACUGAAGAAGAAAAAGCUUUGAUACUGGAGCACGUGAAAUUAAAUGGGAAUAAGUGGAAAUCACUUGCUGACAAACUUGGCAGGUAUUGGAAUCAUGUGAGGGAUACAUGGCGCAGGAUAUACUUACCUAACUUGAAGAAAGGGCCCUGGUCUCAGGAUGAGUACCAGAACUUAUUUGAUUUAGUAAACACUGAUCUGCAAUUGAGGAUGCUUGAAGAGAAGAAAUCCAGGCAUGGCAUGCUACGGGGUAACAUCUGUUGGACCGCAAUUAGUAAUAAGUUAUCCACACGUACUAAUCCACAGUGUUGUCAGAAGUGGUACUAUAACUUGACAUCACCUAUGGUAGCUGAAGGUACAUGGUCUGAUUCUGAUGAUUAUCGCCUAAUUGGUGCACUUUAUACCUUGGAUGCAACCUGCAUAGAAAAUGUGGAGUGGGAUAAUCUGCUGGAACAUAGGGCCGGAGAAUUAUGUCUGAAGCGUUGGAAGCAAAUGGUUAUUCACAUAGGGAACCAUUGGAGCAAACCCUUUUCCGAACAAGUUGAAGUCCUAGCCAAAAGAUACUGUCCCUCCUUAAUUGAAAUAAGGGAGGCCUGGGAUAACAAGCCUGUUGUACCAUGAUGCAAAGUUAUUUCCCAUGAAAAGUCUGGGAAAAAUUAAAUUACAACCCACCUUCACCUGACCCAACACUCUCUUCUGGCCCUCUCUGAAAAAACAAUUUGAAGAGAUAACUAUAGUUUCUUAUUGACUUAUUGUUAUGUAAGAUCAAAGUGGCUCUUGUUUAAUGUUGUAAUCUCUAGUUUUAAUUCAUGCAAAGCAGUUGAGGGAUGAUGACUAAUGCUUUUCAUGUGUAACCUACGACUUAAACUUUUCCAAGUUUUCUGCUGAAGAGCAAUCAGUGUAUGCGUGCGUUGAAGCAUACUUUAUGUUAAUUACUCCGUAUAUUUAUGUUGUGAAAUAUACUCCCUAUUUUCUGUUU